AUGGUUUUAAACAAUAACAGAGAAAGGAACAAAACAAAAACUCAAUGUGAAAUUAGCAAUGAAGCAAAUGAAAAAUUAUUGGCAUUAAAUAGAAGAUCAUCAAUAUCAUCAACAUCAUUAACAACAUCAACAUAUGAAAAUUUAAGUGAAUUGGAUUAUUAUACAAAUUCUGAUUAUAUAACAACAAUACCAGUACAUUUUGCAAAAACUGAAUAUGGAACAUAUUUUUGGACAUCAACACCACCACAAUCACCAACAACAGCAACAAUGGUACCCAAUUAUAAUCAACAAUAUUAUACAGAUUUUAUUGUAAAUCAACCAUUAUGGUAUUCAACAUCAAAUCAAUUAAUAACAACAAAUAUGUUAGGAGAUCGUUGGGCACAAGCAUGA